AUGACAGACCGGCGGCGCAAGCGGAACACUACUCACAGCUCCACCGAUGAUACGGUGAAGGAUUUCAAUGCAGUCGAUCCGGUUCAACCUCGAAGACGCAGUGACUACGAAGGCGGCGUUCGAAACGAGUCCUGGAUGGCCAAAGUCUCACAAGCCAUGAGCACUCGGAUCUUCUCGGGAGGGAAGAAACUCAGCGGCUCUCGAAGUACGCAAGUGAUGCCCAUCGGGGCAGCAGUGAGCGACAACAGCAAGUCGUCGAUCGGACGGAUGUCCUCGUCCUCGUCGCUGCCAGUACAAGACACGGAGUCGCAGCAGAAACCUGGUUCCUUUGGUGGUCAACAGGCGUUGCGUCUCGUGGCAUCGGAGAAGACCUUAGGCAGUGCAAGCGAGACUUCAUCGCCGGUGGUGACCCUCGGAGCUUGCCCAAGCGUGACCUGUGACGUGGCUUCAGACGAUAGCGACGAUGACGGUGAUGCACAUCGUAGAUCUUCACAAGGAUCAACGUCACGCCAUGGUGAAAGUCAGCGUCGUGUCAGAAGUCGACAUCAACCGGUCGUGCAAAAAGUGAGACCUGGAGAUCGCUACGACGAUGCUGAAGAAGACAUGACGAUCAGUACCAUCAGAACGUCAAUUCCUACCAGGAGAAUCCGCUCACGCGAUAGUGACGACUCAGAUUCCGAGACCAAUGUGCAAGACGCCGCGCCAAUUCUGAAAGGCUUUUUCAGCAAAAGCUUCUCAGUAAGCAAGGAGCAGCGGCAGCAGCAGCGCGAGCAGCGUCGAGAGAUGAUCUACCGAGAGAGCAAGCAGCGGCAAGACAGACUUCGCGAACAGUCUGAAAGAGACCGAGUCGCCGACGAAGAAUUGAGUCGCAGACGAAAAGUGGAGCAACUGCGUCGCCUCAACCAGCAGCGAAGGAUAGAACUGCUGCGAGAUGCUGCUGGUGCUCGUAAGAAUCUACUCGAGCGCAUUCAAGAGGACAACGAUGCGUACCUGACUGAGCGUGAGCGCUGGGAGAACGAUUUUGAAGACGAAAUGCGGAUAUUGAGCAAGGCAUUCCGGAAGGCUCGUACGUCGGAUGAAAAUCGACCGAUGACUGUUGCUGGAUUGGCGGUUCCUGAGGCGAUCUCGCAGCUAGAGCGCGACGCAUCCAACUUCGAGAAGCGUGUCAAAACUGCUCAACCGGCACUAGGUGGAAUGUCUUCACAUCAGCGUCGAUCAGAGCGCCCCAGCACCACUAGUGCCGCAUCAAGUGACUUCGAUGCAAGCCUAUCGGCCUCGCCAUUCUUCGACUCGUGCGAAUCGCUGCCAUUAGAGGAUUCGAAAGACGUCUUCGACAUCUUCGGAGGCGAUGACCAAGCGAGCGAUCUUUUUUCAUCUUGGAGCAACCUGGUUGCGGAUCACGUUAAGCAACCCAAUGUCGACAUUGAGCACCUGCUCGAGGAGCGCGAGAAGUUGCUCCAGCGUAUCGCCGCGAUUGACCGCAUGGUGCAAACUCAACAACGCAUAUCAACAGUUGAUGCAACAACGGAAUAA